AUGCCUGAAGUCCUCGAUCUUGGCACAAUUACCGAUCUCAACACUGAGCCCGACAUUAAUCCCUUUGUGAAUUCCUCGGUCUCAUCUGGCACCGCGAGCGACGAUGUAUUCGGCGACAUGGAACUUGUUAAAAAGGCCACACGAGACGCUGAAACUGCCCCCUCCAUGUGGUUCGUCAACUUUCUCGACCGGGAGGUUGACGGAACGGCCAAACUGCGACGAAGUAAGCAGGAUGUGGAAGACUACCUGGCUUGGGCAACGACCGUAUGGUGGACCAACGUCGCCAACCACCCCGCUGUACCGCAAGAUGAGAGCUCAGAGUCCUCCGCCGCCCGCACUGCAUACCACGCCAAGGCUGCCGCACAUCAUGUGAAGAUAACCCCAUGCUGUGUCGUAGUCUCUCUCAAUUGA